ACUUGAAGGCGGCUCCUUUGAAGGCUUAUCGUUUUACGUGUUUCCUCACAUGUCUGGCAACCCAGACCCAAAGGCUGAACCAGCUGAUCUCCGUAAACAGCUCCUGACGGGCUGCUGUGGCUGUUUCAGACUGCCAUGCCCGAAGCCUGGAUGACCUGAGGCACUCACUGAUAACAGGAUCCAGACCUGCAGCUCCUUAUGGCUGUGUAUGAUGAGAACAUCCUGAAGAACCCAUUCUACGUGGCCUUAGAGAAGCAGAGACCCGACCUCUGCAGCCGAGUGGCAGAGUUCCACGGCAUCGUUCUGGUGCCUUGUUGUGGAAGUCUGAACGUCAGCAGCUACGCAGACUCUCAUUUUGACAGCUAUGUGCUGCAGCCUGCGGAGGACGGAUACCAGACGGCAGAUGGAAAGGAGGUCAGGAUCCAGGACAGGCAGGUCCUGCUGGGAUCCGGCUUCCCAGCCCUGUUGUCGGUCCCCAUCCUGUUCGAGGAAACCUUCUACAAUGACCAGGAGCAGAGCUACAGCAUCCUGUGCAUCUCCAGGCCCGUGGAGGUGAACCCGAGCCCGUCCGAGCUCAGCCCGCCGCCCCCCUACUGCCUGAAGAGCCUGGAGGACGUCAGGGAGUUUCUGGGCCGCCACGCCCAGAAACUGGACAAGUUCAUCAUCGGCUUCUGUCUGUCCUUCAAGGAGCAGGAGAGGAAAGGACUCCGACAUCACAUAGACUCGGUGAACGGUCUUUACACUAAAUGUCUUCAGUGUCUGCUCAGAGACUCUCGCCUGAAACUUCUGGCAAAGCAGGAUCUGCAGAUGACUCUCCUCAAACAGGCGGUGGAGAUGUAUGUCCAUCAUGGUAUCCAUGAUUUAAUUUUUAACUUUGUGGGAACGCUUGAAGCCAGCCAGGAUGCUGCCUUCAACAAAACCAGCCGCAGUCUUCAGGAGCUGCAGCAGAAAGACCUCGGAGUCAAGCCGGAGUUCAGUAUAAACUUGUCUCGGGCAAAGAGAGAGCUGAGUCAGCUCAACCAGCAGACCUCCCCCCUCCUCAAACUGCUAUGCCUCCGCAGAGUCGCCCUGACCGCCACCCAGACCCCCAGACGCACCGUCAGUAUAGAGGCGGUGUGUGCGGACGACCUGCUGUCUGUCAUCCUCUAUCUGCUGGUGAAGACUGAAAUCCCAAACUGGAUGGCCAACCUGAGCUACAUCAGGAACUUCUGCUUCAGCCACUCCAGCAAAGACGAGCUCAGUUAUUGUCUGAGCACGUUCGAGGCAGCCGUGGAGUACAUCAACCUGGGGAAGCUGCAGGACACACACCAUGGCUCAGGUGAGCUGAAUGAUACCAUGUUCAAGGAGAGGAUGAGUCUGCUGUCUCAGAGCUCUGCCACACCCAUCCACUGUCUGUUUGAGCACAUAGCAAAUGGGAACGAAUCUGAGGUGGAACGUCUGCUGAGUGAGGGAGAGAGCAACGAGGAGGCCAGGAUGUGUCAUCCCCUCUGCUCCUGUGACCUCUGUGACCUCCAGCUGUCCGGGCGGUUAAACGACCCGUCCAUCGUCACUCCGUUCUCCAGAGACGACCGCGGUUACACUCCACUGCACGUCGCUGCCAUCUGUGGUCAGUCCCAGCUGAUCGACCUGCUGGUGUGUAAAGGAGCGCCGGUAAACGCCACGGACUACCAUGCGCUCACGCCGCUGCACCUGGCCUGCCAACGAGGAUACCAGGGAGUCACGCUGCUGCUGCUGCACUACAAGGCGAACACAGAGGCUCAGGACAACAACGGGAACACCCCGCUGCACCUCGCCUGCAUGUACGGCCACGAGGACUGUGUGAAGGCCUUGGUGUACUACGACCUCCAAACGUGCCGCCUGGACCUGCAGAACGAUAAAGGCGACACAGCUCUGCACAUGGCGGCGCGCUGGGGCUACGAGGGAAUCAUCCAGGUGCUGCUGGAGAACGGAGCGAGCACCGACAUCCUCAACAAGAACAAAGACUCGCCGCUGCAGUGUGCGCUCAACUCCAAGAUCCUCAUGUUGUUGAGGUCGACUCAGAACGGAUGUGAGCGCAGCGGCAGCGGACUCGAUUCUCCCUCUCGCUCCCCUCAGGCAUCCGACUGCAGCAGCCGCCGCUCCUCCAUCUCCAGCACCUCCUCUCUGAGCUCCGAGGUCAAACCAGAGGCAGAGCGUGUCCGACACAGAGAGGUGGAGAAGCUGCUGCGUGCUGUGGCAGACGGCGACGUGGAGAUGGUGCGUUACCUGUUGGAGUGGAUGGAUGAGGAGGAGGAAGACGAAGGAGAGCUGCGGUCCGAGGUUCUUCUCUGCCAUCCUCUGUGUCAGUGUCCGAACUGCGCUCCCACUCAGCAGCUGUGCGUCCUGCAGGCCGGGGCGCUCAGUGUCAACAGCUCUAACGUCGACGGUUUCACGCCGCUCCACGUCGCCACUCUGCACGGCCACGCUGGGCUCACCGGUCUGCUGAUCCGACACGGAGCCAACGUCAACGCACGCACCAACCAGAGCGCCACCCCGCUGCACCUGGCCACGCAGAACAGCCACAUCCAGGUCGUGAGGAUUCUGCUGGAGUGUAACGCCAAACUGAACAAGAAGGAUCACUAUGGCAACACUCCUCUGAUACACGCCUGUCUCUGUGGGAACGUGGAGUCGGCCACCAUCCUGCUGCAGAGUAAUGCGUUGGUGAACGUGGUGAACCUUCAGGGGAACACAGCCCUCCAUGAGGCGGUGCGCGGCGGACACCAGGCGCUGGUGGAGCUGCUGCUGAGGGGCGGAGCCUCCCCCAGCAUCAGGAACAAGAGACAGAGGACGCCGCUGGACUGUGCCUACGAACUGGGCGGGAAGAACACGGAGAUCCUGAGAGCGCUGCAGAAAGCAUCCGGACUUUCUCCCGACGCUGAGCCCAUCAAACUCCUCUCCGUGCCCAAAGGAGCUCUGGCUCAUUCGUUCGUCCAGCGUCUGCGGCUGCAGGAUCACGCUAACGGCAGGAGACAGAAGCUGGCUCAGUCCAUCAGCAGGAUGCAGCAGAUAAAGAAAGGUUCCUCUGGUACUCCUCCCAGGUCUUCCACAAACACAAACCAGGUGAAUCCAGAGAGGAGGAGGCUGAGGCGAGGGGAGACGGUGGAGGUCAGCAGCCCCUCUGUGAACCUCACUGCAGGACCUCCUCUGAGUCACCUGGGUCGCUGGCACACCCUGGACUCAGGUGAACACGCAGCGGAGCAGAAUCGGCCCAAACACCCCCUCAAAACAUCCGGAGUACCAACGUACAGACCUAAAAAACAGCCCGACAACGGCGACGCACACUCCUCUGACUCUAACUGCAGCGAGACCUCACCCUCUGCGUCCUCCAACGCUCCGUCACACUCGCCUGAAUCCUUCCCCACACACACCUCCGCCAACCACUCCGAGUCCAACGACCCCACAGAGCCGCCUGACACCUACGGCCCGGGUCUGAACGGGAAGUUGGAGUUACCCAAAGACCAGACGGGCACAGAAAACGAGGCGUUUCAGUCGGAGAGCGAGGACGGGGACUCCAGCUCCACGAUCCAGACGGACGAAGGCCACCAGAGAGACACCAACCAAACCGGAGAGACGAACUACGGAGGAUCCACUGAGAUGGAAAUGUUGUGAGACGAGAACGGAUUAUUAAUCUGAACUAGUAAAACAAAAUGUAGAUGUCACCGUCCCUCAGUGUUAGACGUCACUCAAACAUCUGAAGAGUUCUGGUGGUAGAGAGAAAUAGAAAAUGGGGAAAGACUUUUUCAUUUUGCAUUUCAAGGAGGAAGUGAAACUUUGAGGUCAAAAAAUAAAUCCAAGACAGCAUUUUUUGAAAGUUUACACUUCCCGAUAUUCAAACAUAACUUUUGAUAAUUUCAUCGCUUUUAUUUCAGGACAUCUCCUAAUCCAGACAUUUUGACUUUUCUUUUAUGAUUCUUACUUCAUUCUUAAUUAAUCAAAUGUAUUAAUAAAUAUUUAUUUACAUUU